AUGACAACUUCUUACAGCAUUGUGGUGAAUGGAGAGCUCAAUGGUCAUUUUCAAGGUCGUAGAGGCCUUACACAGGGAGAUCCCAUCUCAUCUCUUCUAUUUGUUACAGCUAUGGAUGUGCUCUCUAAAAUGUUGGAUAGGGGAGCUAUGGAUGGGGUUUUUGCAAUUCACCCGGAAUGUGAAGCUCCGUUGAUAACUCACUUGAGCUUUGCAGAUGAUGUAUUGAUUUUCUUUGAUGGUUCGGAAAGUUCUUUGAGGGGUAUUCUGCAGAUAUUGGAAGAAUUUAGAAAGAUCUCUGGCCUGAGUUUAAACAGAGAGAAGACAGAACUCUUAUUGGAUGGAGGAAGUACUGAGCAAUGUAAAACUUUAGCGGAGGCUGUUGGCAUUGCACAAGGCUCGUUACCUGUGAGAGAGCUUGAAAAGAUGUGUAACGCUUUUCUUUGGAAGGGUGUUCCAUCGUCUGCUAGAGGGGCUAAAGUGGCUUGGGACUCACAGAGGCUCUUUAUGGGUUUCUUGGGUCAGGAAGAAUCUGAUUGGAGAAGAGAAUUUUUGGUUAUUAGAUCCGACCAGGAGGAGAAGAGGAUCACAGCUAGAUUCUGGCUGGAUAAUUGGACAGGGAGGGGUCCAAUUAUAAAUCUAACAGGAGAAAGAGGUCUUAUGGUUGCUGGUUUACCUAUCUUGGCAUCAGUGGCAGAUGCGAUAUCAGGAGAGGGCUGGUGGUUGGAUAGAAGCAGAAGUAGAAGUCCAGUGAUUCGUGAGAUUAAGCGUUGUCUUCCAGACCCGAAUCUAAUUCUAAAUGCAGUUGAAUAUGAUGUCUAUGUGUGGAAACCGAAUGGUGAUCUGAGUAAUGGGACUUUCUCGACCUCAGAGACGUGGUCGGUACUUCAUCCUCCGGGUCCGCUGGUCUUAUGGCACAAGACGGUGUGGUUCUCUGGUCGAGUUUCUAAGCACGCCUUUCUGACUUGGGUGGCAGCCAGAGAUAGACUAGGUACGAGAGACAGGCUUCUAAGCUGGGGUUUACAUGUCCUUGCAGUGUGUGUUCUUUGUAAUGGGGGGAUGAAAACAGGCAGCACCUAUUCUUUGAUUGUCCUUACAGCAACGAAGUAUGGUGUUAUUUCACUUCUCGGCUUCAUUUGGCUCCUCCUAUUGAUUUUGAAGAAGUUUUGCGGUGGAUGGUGCUCUCUUCAAGAAAUUCAAAUGUGGCAACCAUUAUGA